UGAAAAGUGUUAUAAAGAAAUGUGUUUGAUUGUCUUGUUAUUACUUAAGCCAGUUUACAGCCAUAACGUUGUAUAAUAUGUGAUUAUACCAUGAUUAUACUAUUUUAGUUGGUAUAUAUUGAGUAUUUGGCGAGCUAGUGCUGGGGCACACCUACUCACCAUCUACUCACGCGGAUCUGACUCUUGAUUGACACAAACAAUCCAACAAGGAGCAACUAUUUUAAUUAAACUUGCGUGGCAGGAAAUAUCAGUUGAUUUUCAGAUUUUUUAACUGCAGGCUCAAAAUAAUGCUAUUACAGACGUAUAACAGCUUAUUACAUAACCACCUGUAUUUACUGAUCUUCUAUCAUGUCUCUAUACAUUUAGGAUCUUAUUUUGUAAGAGUACAUGUAAUAUGUUUGUUUUAUAUAUAUAUAUAUUUCACAUUCAAUACUGAAUCUUUCAACAGGCCAUCAAGAUACAAAUGCAGCUGAAAUUUGGAUCUCAUAAUUAAGGUCUGACUUCUUCACCCACCUGUCACUCUGGCAGCCCAGGAGGCAAAUCGUGGGGAGGAGCUAAACCCUGGCAGCAUGGUGUCUGCCAUGGGGAGUGGCACUGUGCCCAGUCCUCAGAGUGAAGUGGUGACCAGUGUGAUGCAGGAGCUCUCCCUGCAGUCUGUACCGAGUCUACUGCCCCUGAAAGAAAGGAAGAAUGUUCUUCAGCUCAAACUACAACAGAGAAGGACGCGAGAGGAGCUGGUCAGCCAAGGAAUCAUGCCCCCGCUAAAGAGUCCAGCUGCCUUCCACGAACAGAGGAGAAGUCUGGAGAGAGCACGCACAGAGGAUUACCUGAAGAGGAAGAUCAGGAGUCGGCCUGAGAGGUCAGAACUGGUGAGGAUGCACAUUCUAGAAGAAACUUCAGCCGAGCCCUCACUGCAGGCCAAGCAGCUGAAGCUGAAGAGAGCUCGUUUGGCUGACGACCUCAACGAUAAGAUCUCCCACCGCCCUGGACCUAUCGAGCUUGUCCACAAGAACAUUCUGCCUGUGCACACACUCAUUGGUACUGAGUCUCCGAAGGGUGAGAGCUCCUCAUUGGAUGAGGACAGUAGUGACGCCCUGUCACCGGAUCCACAGGGUAGUCAGGACUCUCCUAUGGGACUUGCCUCACAACACUCUCCCUAUAAUAUGCUGAAUAUGAAUGGAGACCUCUCACCCAUUCAGUUCCUCAGACAGGCCCCAUCUCCUCUGCUCGGUGCGUCUGAUAGCUCCCCACCACUGAAUCUAGCCAAUGAAACUACUGUGACAAACUCUUUCCGUCCACCUACGGGACAAACAAAGCAGUCAAAAUCCAGCACAGACCGGACUUCUCAGCGACCCAAAAAACCCAAAGAUAACAAGCCCAAAGUAAAGAAACUCAAAUAUCACCAGUACAUCCCCCCUGACCAGAAGAAUGACCGUGAGCCCCCUCCUCAGCUUGAUUCCUCAUACGCCAAGAUCCUCCAUCAACAGCAGCUUUUCCUUCAGCUUCAGAUCAUCAACCAGCAACAGCAGCACUACAACUACCACACUAUCCUUCCUGCCCCUCCAAAACUUCCUGCUGAAAAGAAACAACCUUCCACCAAUCCUGGCCCAUCCCAGACAACUUCCACCUGCUCUAAAGCCUCCUCCAAUCAGAAUGGGCCUACUCGUCAGAGCCAGCCUACAGUGGGAGGAGCUAAGCCCAGCACUUUGCCUGCAAACCUGGAUGAAUUCAAAGUUGCUGAGCUUAAACAUGAGCUCAAACUAAGAGGUCUGACAGUAUCAGGGACUAAGAACGAUCUCAUCGAACGACUGAAAAACUACCAGGAACAGAACUGCGGUUCGUCAGUAUCAGGGACUGGUGCUGUGAAAACUCAGUUACAGCAGGUGUCAGCUCAGUCAUCUGGGGCUGUCCCACAUCAAGCGAAAGGCACGACUGUUAAAAUGUCAGCCUUUCCCAGGGUAGCUAACACCAGGGUCCGCACCACAACUCCACCUCAAAUUAUGCGUUUCAGCAGCACUAGCUCCUCUCCUCCUGUAUCUCCUACCCCCUCUGACCGUUCUUUGGCUGGAUUGAGUCCAGAUGAGACCAGCUGCAAUGGGGAUGUGUUUGGAGAAAUGGUUAGCUCACCUCUCACCCAGCUUACCCUGCACCCCUCUCCAGAGCACCCCUCCAUGAUUAAAGAGGAGCCUCUUGGGCAGAUGCAGGUCUCUUGCAGGCUUUCUCGCCCAGAUCCUCUGUCAGCUGUGCAGCCUCAAGAUCCAGCUCUGGUGACUGCAGCAAGAUCAGCAGUGCCUCUGGACAAAGACCAAAUGCUUCAGGAGAAGGACAAGCAGAUAGAGGAGCUAACACGUAUGCUCAGGCAGAAGCAGAGGCUUGUGGAGACCCUGCGCUGUCAGCUGGAGCAUGGAACGCGUGGAGCAGCCACAGACGGCAUGGUCAGCACCAUUACCUCUGAAAUACCAUCCCUCCCCAACAGAGUGGAGGUGAGGGUGAAGGAAGAGAUCAAGGAGGAAAUGGACACGUCAGAGGACUUACAGAAGCAAGUCCAGCCCCCGAAGAAGAUGCAGACACAGUGUUCACAGCAGACACUGCUCAAGCUGCAACAGAAUCACCGGCUACAGAUGCAGCAGCAACAACUGCAGCAGCAGCAAAUGCUGGUGGAUCUACCAAAUGUACAACAACUGAGGACGCAGUUACUGCAACAUCGAAAUCAGCAACAACAAAUGCAAGUGGACCUUACAAAACUCCAGCAAGAGCAAGGGAAGACACAGGUAUUGCAACAACAGCAGCAGAAGACACAGUUACAACAACAACAGCAACAGCUGAAGAAUCAGUUACAGCAGCAGCAGCAGACAACACAGGUACUGCAAAAGAAGCAGCAGAAUCAAGUACAGCAGCAGCAGCAGAAGAAUCAGUUGCAGCAGCAAAAGAAGAUACAGUUGCAGCAAAAGAAGAUACAGUUGCUGCUGCAACAGCAGCAACGACAAAAGCUACAGCAGCUCAUCAUCCAGCAGAGUCAGCAAAAGCAACUCCAAACCAAUCAGAAACAGCAGAAAUCACAAAAUCAGCUGCAACAGCAGUUACAGACACCGCAGAUUUCACAAGUGUUUGUCAACCAACAGUCUGGUACUCAAACGACCACAUCUUUCCCACUGGAUCUCCUGAAGGCUCAUGCCACACCCACACUGGUCACUGAUAGCAAUGGCAACCGUUAUCUAAUUGCGCUCACCAGUAACAGUGUGGACAGCCUGACAGGAAAGCCUCCUCAGAGCAAAUCCAAUGGAUGGAUUACUCUACAGAGAUUACAGUCUACGCCUACCAAGCUCCCUAGCCAAUCAUCUUCUGAGACUGCUAGUUCUGCCAACCAAUUACAAGCUGUCAGAGAGCCCAUCACCAAAGUGCAGAAAUCAGGGCUCCACUUGAACACCACUACAGUUCAAGAAUUUAGCCAGCCAGUAUCUGCACCACCCAGCUUUGAGCCCUUCUUCUGUGAGGAGUCCAACCCAUUGAGCAAAUCCUCCCCACCCCCUUCAUUUAAGGAGGAGGUUUGCCCAACCUUUGAUCAGCACACUUUGUUCACCCCUUCCUCCCCAAAGCCGAAUUCUCACCUCCCUCAACGUUUCAAAGAAAAUGUCUCUAACAACCAGCAAAUAGAUGACCUGUUUGAAAUCCUAAUCAAGAGUGGAGAAAUUUCAUCUGGAUUCAAAGCCAAUCAGGACCCCUCCCUGUCAGACCUCCACUCCAGCCCUCCCACCCCCUCUCCACCUCCUUUAUCACUCCACCUCUCACCACCCACACAUCACCCUGACCCACCCUUGACCCAACUCCCAGACACACAGGACAGACCCUGCUUGGGAACUGGCCGCCUUGAGGACUUUCUAGAGAGCACCACUGGAACACCUCUUCUAGGUGCGGAGCCAGGUGGUCCAUUGACAUUGAUUGAUGACCUCCACAACCAAAUGCUGAGCACUUCCAGUAUUCUGGACCAUCCCUCAUCUCCAAUGGAUACCAGUGACCUGAGCUUCCACCCAACCAGCCUAUGCUUUGAAGACCCCACCCUGGGUGGCAUGGAUUGGUUGGACAUACAAGUGGGAGGAGGGAGCAAUAAUUGUAACAGUGGGGGUAUGGUUCUAGCCCCUCUGAGCUCACACACACCACCCAGUGUUUUCUCUGCAGACUUUUUGGACAGUUCAGAUCUGCAGCUUCAUUGGGACUCCUGUUUGUAGCCAUUGGUUUUUAUUGCUUAACACACAAUUUAGCACCUUCAAUCUUACUGUGUAUAGGCUGUACACUAAAAAUGCCAGACGGACAUGCUAUUUCUUAUGCUGUACAGCUUUAUUUUUUCUGCAAAUUCCACAAGAUUGCCGGAUGGUAUUUAAAUAGGUCCUCUUAAGCACUGAAUUUUAAGCUCUUGUUUAUUAAAUCAUACUCAAAUGGUUUACAUCACACGGCACUAUUGCCUUUGCCAACAGAGAGACUAAUCUGGACCCCUGGCCACCAUCUUUUCUCUCCUCCAAAAACCCAACUAAUGUUGGCCUGACCAUUUUAUCUCCGAAAAAUCCAUUCCUUGGUUCAACUAUUUGACCAGUUGUCUGCAUCCAUGAGAUGAGUUCAUUCAGUCCUUUUAACUGCUUUCAAGCACACCAGGUAGCACAACCUCCACUGGAAGAGAUGAUAAUCCUUCUUAAAUAGCAUGUAUAGUAUAUUUUUUUCCGCCCAUUUUAAAGAAAUAUUCCAGGUUCAAUAGAAGUUAACCUUUUCUUUAAAAAAAGCAAAAAUGGAGGUUACAGUGAGGCACUUACAAUGAAAGAGAAUAUGGCCGAUUUUUGGAAAGACAAAUGUUAAGCAUAUAAUUUUCUAAAACAGUUACAUUAAUUCUUCUGUUAAAACUUGUGUAUUAUUAUAAAUGGACAUUUUUAGUCAUUUUAGGGUUUGUUGACAUAAGCCUACAUUUUCAUGACAACGAAGUUGUAAAAUUGGUUAUAACUUUACACAAAAAAUUUUAGUAAGUGAUGUUAUCACACUAAAAUAAUUUGUAUAUGCAUAUUUUUUGUCUUGUGGCUAGUUUUGAAAAAGUGAGUAUUAAAUUGUUUAACAUUCAAAAAUUGGCCCCCAUUAACUUCCAUUGUAACCCAGAUUAUUAUUUUUUUUUUAAGAAAAAGAGGGAUGGGUAAAAAUAAAUGUUUGUGGUAAUCAAUAUUAUGCAACAAAUGCUGUUUAUUGAGCUUAACUUGUAUUGAACCCAGAAAAUUCCUUUAAUAAGCUAUGACACCAGAACAACAAUGUGGUUACAGUGGUGCUGUCAUUCAGGUAGUAUGACUGAGUUCAGUGUAUUUCCUCUCUCUUAUAGGUUCUUGACAUCUCUCCCAGUGUCACAAUUUUCACUCAGUGAAAACAAAAGGAUGAAAAAUAUGAAAUACCAAACCACUGCUUAUUCGGCAUUUUGGUUUCUCCUACUUUGCACUUAAGCUGACCCAAGCUGUGCUCUGGUCUAAAGAAACAUCCCAAUGUAAUUGGCUCUGUAGGGAACCAGGUUUGGUGACGUUCACCAGAUCUCUAUGCAUUGCUGUACUUUAGAAUCAUAAUAUUGACAAAACCUUUGUUUUUUUCCCCUCUGAUUGUAUUCAUUUGCUGGUGGAGGUCAGUGCUGGGGUUCAGGUUUCAGAGUAUUUGGAAAAUAUAUAAAAAAAAAAAGGUGAAAUAAUAAAAGGGAAAAAAUGCUAUGUUGUGUGUUUAUAUUGUUGCACCUGCACUCAAACAUACACAGUCCAUUAGAAAGCAUUCUUCCCAUUUGAUUACUUAUUAUUCUGCUGUUUUGCAGUCAAAAGCAGAUUUGAUUUAUUUCAACUUUUUAUAAAAAAAAAAAAAGAAAAAAGAAAGAUGCCUGCUUCUCUUAAGAAAAUGUAACUUUAACUGCUUAUUUCAGUUUAGGAAACUCAUGUAUUUCAAUUGGCAAUGUGUAAUUUGUAGUGCUUUUGUUGUGAUUCUUGUACCUGAGAAUUUUCCACAACACUGAGCUACCAUCAGUGACCAAAGGAUGGCCUGAGAGAUACAGCACAGAUUGAAGAAAAGAGUCUUUAGGUGUUCCCUGUUGCGAUCUGGUUUUCUGCAUCAACGACCACCAAACCCUUCUGAAUUUUACCUGUCCACAGGGGCGGACUGGCCAUUUGGGAGAACCGGGACUUUUCCCGGUGGGCGGGCUUGAAUUGCCCGCAAUAAGCUGAAAUGGGCCGCCACGUUAUGCAGAACAGACCACAAAAUGGCGCUAUGGAGAAAAGGCUAGUUUCUAUGUAAAAUCCCGGGCCGAUUUCUGCAUGUUCAUGACGGAUGAUGGUCUCAAUGGCAUUGAGUUUGGGAAAGAACCAUGCCAUGAAUUUAUAACAUGUAGGACUAUAAAAUAAAAUACUCAG